AUGCUCUCAACUAUCUUUAAACUUGGAAUAAUUGGAGUCUUCCUUUCGAUCAUCCCUGUUUAUUUUCGAUAUAAUGACCCGGGAAAUGUUCGCUGCAAAGCAAUUGAUCUUGGUCCUCUUCCUGAAUUGAAAGGAGUACUGGCGGUGAAUGAUAAGCUAUCAAACGUGGAAUAUGUAUUGAAAGAUCAAGUCGAAGGACCGGAAUCAAUUGCGGCUAUUGGGGAAACCCUUUACACUGGACUCUAUGAUGGCCGAGUGGUGAAAAUCGAGAAUGGAAAAAUUGUGAAGAGCAUCAAGUUGACAAAGGAAAAAGAGUGUGGCACUUACGAUACAGAGCCUCGUUGUGGACGACCACUCGGGAUUCGUCGAAUCGGAAACGUGGGAGAGAGCUUUUAUGUCGUUGAUGCAUAUCGGGGAAUCGAAAUCGUCGACUUUAAAGAGGGCACUCAUCGACUCGUUUUCAACGCCUCUCAACCAAUUGCCGGGAAACCAGCUCGCUUUUUGAAUGAUUUAGAUUUACUCAACUCCGACGAGCUUCUCAUCACGGACACUUCAGCCACGUACGGACGACGGAAUUUCAUGUUCCCGAUCAUUGAGGGUUUAGAUGAUGGAAGACUAUUCCACUUGAAAGUUUCAACUGGUGAAACAAAACUUCUCGUUGAUCGUCUAGCUUUCGCCAAUGGGGUUCAGCUCCUUCCCGAUCAAUCAGCCGUUCUUGUCGCCGAGCUGGGCAGGGGACGAAUUAUCAAAUAUCAUCUCAAUGGCGCCAAGAAGGGUAAAACCGAGAUUUGGGCGGAUCGUUUGCCCGGUUUGCCGGAUAAUAUUCGUUUGGAUUCGCAAAACAAUCUCUGGGUUGGCCUCUCGCUUCUCCGGUACAAUGGUGCGGAAAGUCUAUUGGACAAAUUAGCUCCCUAUCCAACCCUGCGACAAUUCGUGCUUGAUGUAACACCAGCAAAAUGGUGGCUCACCCUGGUGCCGCUCACUCGACCAUCGUAUGCUAUGGUGUUAAAGAUGGAUUUGAACGGGAAAAUCCUCUCCACUCUUCAGGAUCCAAACGGCGAGAAAUUGGGAGCGAUCAGUGAGGUACUCGAAACGGGCAAUUAUCUCUAUUUUGGCAGCUUCGACGCGCCCUACAUUGGCAGAUUGAAGAAAAUG